AUGGUAGGCGGUCACCCUCACAAGGCUGAACUUGAUUGUAAUGUAACUGUUUUGUCUGCAUUUAGACUACAAUUAAUUGCAAUAAAUAGAACUGUUGCUAUUUUAUUUAAUAUUUUUGUAAUUACAGGCAGUAGAAAUCCUUCCUGUUCUGAGAUCAAAGAUGUACUCAGUGCAGCUGGGCUCAAUGUUCUUUUGGAGAACCACAUGCACCCCAGGGAAUGGAACAGAGACGCACAGUUCAGAGGUCGGGUCAGAGUUCAACUCAAACAGGAAGACGGCAGCCUCUGUCAAGACAAGUUCACCUCGCGUAAAGAUGUCAUGUUUUACGUAGCAGAGAUGAUUCCCAAGUUGAAGACCCGCACCCAGAAGAGUGGAGGAGGAGACUCUAACUCCCAGCAGGCUGACGGAGGCAAGAAGAACAAGAAGAAGAAGUAGUAGUGGUCGUGGUGGUGGUGGUGGUGUGGUGGUAGUAAUUUUAAAGGAAAUAUGGUUGAGGUUUUAUUCAAACAUCAUUUGUCAGCAGCAUUAACUGACUUCAUAGGAGCGGUGGAAGUUGUUUUUGUUUAUUUGUUUUUGUUUAAAGAGGAUAUUUUGGUUCUAUAUUUCCUGAAUGAGUGUCAGUGUUUGUACCUCCUAAUACCGGGCUCCAAGUAUUUUUUUUCAUUUCAUUCCUGGGAAAGUGGAAAGUUUGAAUAAAAAGGUUUUUCAAUAUUGGCUGUUGUUGGUUUCUUCCAUGUUUUCUGUUAAGUGCUAAUGGAUGAAAAGCUGAUUGUACCCCAACUUCCACUAGCAGUUGUGGUUCAAAUGUAAACACUGCGUCUGGAUCACAACAUUUAGUUGUUGUUAAUCCUGCUGGAACCAGUCAAUACAUAGAUCCAUAGAUCUCCUUAUACAGGGCAUAGCUGACCUCUU